AUGAAGCUCCUGAACCUCAAUGCACUCUUCUUGAGCGCGUCGCUUUUCUUCGCGGCGGAUGUCGCUUGGGCCUCUGACGCGUCACCCGAAAAACUGGACUUGGACUCCAUCGAGGACACAAAAAGUCAUCGUCGUGGUCUGUUGCGUGGACCAGCAGAGGAGCGCAUGGCUCCAGGGGAGCCAUGCGCUGAGGGGACUGCGCGCAUCAUAAGGGAAGUAUGGCCGAAGAUCGAGAGCAUUGGUAUGAGCACAGAAACAGUGGCGGAGAAUGCGGGCCAUGUCGCUAUACCUUCAGCGUCGGGUGAGAGGAUAAAUGGCUGGGGCAGGGACCAUUUGUUGGAAAAAUACGGCGAUUCGAAGGGGCUGGACGCGCCACAGAGUAAGGAAGCGCCGUCUGCUCUUUCAAGUAACCGCACGGGAACCCGAGAGGAAGCCACUGCGACGGAUUUGACAGCUCACGACGCCCAACAGUUCGUUCAGCACGCGCACGCACUGGGCCAGAGCAUCCAGCGGGAGUAG